AGAUUUCACUCUCUUCGUCUUCCUCUUCUUACAGAAACUGUUUAGAUCUUCCCAUAACCGAUCACUCACUUCUAACUCCACCUCGAAACCUCCGUCUCAAAAUGAUUGGUUAUACUCCUUCUCAGUUUCACUUCCACUACCUCCUAAUGCAUCUCUCCCUCGUCAUCACCUUGACAUCUGCGCAGUUCGGUGGACAGGCGUCAGAGACGGAUCUCUGGUGCGUGGCGAAGAACAACGCAGAAGAUUCGUCUCUUCAAGCAGCCAUUGACUGGGCUUGUGGUCCCGGUGGCACCGACUGCGCCGGGAUCCAGCAAGGUGGGCCUUGCUACGAUCCGUCAGAUAUAGUGAAAACGGCGUCGUAUGUUUUUAAUAGCUAUUACCUGAAGAAUGGUCCCGAAGAUGAAGCUUGCAACUUUAGUAACAGUGCAGCUGUUACUUCCCUUAAUCCUAGUCAAGGAACAUGCAAACUCCCUUCAAGUAAGAGAGUUAGCAAUGGCAAUAUCGUGGAUGCUGCUACCACUUCAACGCAGGGAACAAGUACACAAGAAUCCUCAGAUUUUAACCGAGCGGGACGGAUCUUCAGCAGCAUCUGGUCGUUGCCUUUCAUCAUUCUAGGCCUUGUUAUGAUCAAUCAUCAUUUUUAACAACCACAUGGUUAUUGAAUUGAAGCUAACCCUUUUUUGUAUCAAGAUGUAUCUUUUUACCAGCAUAUAAAUAUUGUUCCGUUACACAAAAAA